GAUGACAAGUUUUAAAAAAAAUCCCGCGACCUAGUACGCCACUUCCGCUACUGUUCAUAAAUAGUUUGAAACGUGUUUAAAACGUUUUUGUGGAAAAGUGUUGAUAUAACGAAAUAAACAUGAGCAAAGCACACCCACCCGAGUUGAAAAAGUUUAUGGACAAGAAGCUUUCACUGAAGCUCAAUGGUGGCCGUCAUGUUCAGGGCAUCUUGCGUGGAUUUGAUCCCUUCAUGAAUCUGGUCGUGGAUGACUCGAUAGAAAUGGCUCCUGGAGGACAAAUGAACUCCAUUGGGAUGGUGGUGAUCAGAGGAAACAGUAUUAUUAUGUUGGAGGCUCUUGAACGAGUAUGAGGACGAUGCCCUCUUUCUUUUCCUGCAUUUUUUUUUUGUAUACAGCAAAUGUGAAAAAAAAACUAAUUCUCAUUUAUGUUCACAACACUUUAUUAAAGCCAAACACUUUGAUUCUGUUAAAGUAUUGUUUUAUAAACAACUUUCUUGUUUUUAUGUACAUUACUAUGUCUGUAGAAAUUGUGUACACAAUUCAUACAUUUUUGUGAAUAAAUUGACUAUGGUGUGAUUAAU